AUGGUCCCAAAUGAAGACCAUCAAUAUAUGGGAAUUAUUCAGUUACUUCUACAUUUUGGAUGGACAUGGGUUGGGAUCUUUGCUGAGGAUGAUGAUGGUGGAGAACAUUUUUUGUUGACCCUGGAACCAUUGCUUUCCAAGAAUAGAAUCUGUUCAGCCUUUACAAAAAGAAUCCCCAAACAAGCACAUAUGGGUGACAUGGAUGAACUUCUUGAUACAUUGUCAAAUGUUUAUUUACCUUUGAUGGAGAACAAAACUAGCACACUGAUCCUGUAUGGAGGUUCAUUGACUAUCAUGUUGCUAAUGACUAUUACUUAUCUCCCACAUCCUGAUUACAAAGGAAAUGCAUCAGUUACAAAGGUGUGGAUUUUGACAGCACAGAUUGAUAUCAUAUUAACAGGUCUACAGAGGAGCUUUGAUAUACAACUCUUCCAAGGAGCUAUCUCCUUCAGCAUUCACACAAAAGAGCUGCUAGGCUUCCAGGAAUUUCUUCAAACCAUAAAGCCCUACAGCACCAGGGCAGAUGGUUUUCUCAAGGAUUUCUGGGAGCAAGCAUUUGUCUGUUCAUUUCCAAAUCCCCAAGAGCUGGUGGGUGAAGAUGAACUAUGUACUGGGGAAGAGAGGUUAGACAGCCUGCCUGAUCCAGUUUUUGAAAUGAGCAUGACUGGCCAUAGCUACAGUAUUUACAAUGCUGCCUAUGCUGUGGCUCAUGCCUUGCAUGUCAUCUCAUCAAGAUGCCACCACAGAAGAAUGGCUGAUGGGAAAAAACAUAAACUCCAAGAUCUCCAGCCUUGGCAGCUGCAAGCAUUUCUGCAAGGGAUUUCAUUCAAUAACUCAGCUGGAGAAACUAUAUCAUUUAAUGCUAAAGGGGAAAUGGGAGGUGGAUUUGAUAUCACCAACAUGGUCAUCUUCCCAAACAGAUCCUUCCAGAGAGUGAAAGUUGGGAGUGUGAGUGAAGGAAAAGGAUUCAUCAUUCAUAAGGCCAUGAUUAUAUGGCCAAGAGGUUAUAACCAGGGGAUUCCCAUUUCGGUCUGCAGUGACUCCUGCCAAACUGGGUAUCGGAAACAAAAGAAGGAGGGGGAGAAGUUUUGCUGUUAUGACUGUGUUUCAUGCCCAGAUGGGAAGAUUUCAGACCAAAAGGAUAUGGAUGACUGUCUCCAGUGCCCAGAAGAUCAAUAUCCAAGCAGGGACCAAGAUCAAUGUUUUCCAAAGCAUAUAACUUUUCUAUCUUACAAAGAACCUUUAGGGAUCAGUUUAACUUCUGUUGCUGCUUCCUUUUCCUUUAUCACAGCUUUGGUUCUAGUAAUUUUUAUUAAACACAAAGACACCCCCAUCGUCAAAGCCAACAACCGGGACAUCAGCUACAUUCUGCUGGUCUCCCUCCUCCUCUGUUUCCUCUGUUCCUUGCUAUUCCUUGGACAACCCAAUAAUGUGACCUGCACUCUCCGACAACCAGCUUUCGGCAUCAUCUUCUCUGUGGUUAUUUCUUGUGUGAUGGCUAAAACCAUCACUGUUGUGGUCGCUUUCAUGGCCACCAAACCAGGAUCCAGCAUGAGGAAGUGGGUGGGGAAAAGACUGGCCAACUCCAUUAUCUUUUCUUGCACCUUCAUUCAAUCAGGAAUUUGUGUUGUGUGGUUAGCAACCUCUCCCCCAUUCUCAGAUCUCGACAUGCAUUCUCAGAGCAAAGAGAUCAUUGCAUUAUGUAAUGAAGGAUCUGUCCUCGUGUUUUAUUUAGUUCUGGGCUACAUGGGAUUUCUUGCCAUCAUCAGCUUCACGGUGGCUUUCCUUGCUAGAAAGCUGCCAGACACUUUUAAUGAAGCCAAGUUCAUCACUUUCAGUAUGCUGUUGUUUUGCAGUGUUUGGCUGACUUUUGUUCCAACCUACCUGAGCACCAAGGGGAAAUACAUGGUGGCUGUGGAGAUCUUCUCCAUCUUAGCUUCCAGUGUUGGAUUACUUGGUUGUAUCUUUUCCCCCAAAUGCUAUAUUAUUAUUUUUAGGCCAGAGUUGAAUAACAGGGAACAGUUAACAAAGAGAAAGAAUUAUUGA